CAUACCGACAGCAGAGAAGGUCCACUCUCAAGGUUAUCUGAAUUACUGACGGAAGACCUACGACUCACCAACACAACAUGAAGACUCUGGCCAUCGUCGUUCUUUUGGGAUUCGCUGCAUACGCAGCCAGUCAGACCAUCAACUGUUUCCAGUGCAAGACGAACGUUGUGGACUCGGUUAUUGGCGGCAUCACCGGUGAUAACCCGUGUCUGAAGAUGGCCAAUAACCAAAACAGUACCAUCCAGACUGCCACCUGCCCUGCUGCCACCAAGUGCUACACCAAGAUCCGGACCGUUGCCCAGUACGCCUUCUCCAUCGAGCGGGGUUGCUAUGCCAACUAUGACGACAAGGGCGAGGACACCUGCACCGAGAAGGAAGAGGACGGCUGCAAUGGACUGCUGAAGACCGGAACCUGCUUCAAGUGCUGCAACACCAACCGGUGUAACCAGAACUUCGCCCAGCUGGCCGGGGUUAAGAACGGAGUCAGCGGGAGUCACGUGGUGUCAGUGCUGGCGCUUCUGCCCGUUGCCAUGGCAAUGCUGUUGUAAAUGCGCAUGCGCAACCCGAGCCACACCACAGAAUCAGUUGUACAUGAAGUACGUGUGGUGUGUACUUCUGAAUCUCAGGUGUUGAUGUUCAGAAUAAGAAUUGUUUGAAAAAGUGAUUGGCUCAUAAUCACGUAGUUUGUAGAUAUAAAACUUAACGUAUCAUAAUAAGUAUGUAAGUCUGGAAUUAAUGUCUGCUACAAAGAAAAAAAUGUUAACAGUAAAGUCAAAGAUAUAAAUGAUUAUGCUCUAAAUAUCAUGAUUUUAUACGUUUUUGUAAUUUUAAACUUGGUCGGGGUGGAGGUUCGUAACUUACAACUGAUUUUUCUCU